AUGGAUAAAUACAAAAAGAUUAGAGUAGUUGGAAAAGGUAGUUUUGGAUAUGCCCUUCUAGCCUAGGCGUUAUCGAAUAAGAAAAAUUAUAUAAUCAAAAUUAUUGACAUAUCUAAGAUGGACAGAAAAUAAAGAGAGGAGGCAUUAAAUGAAGUCCACGUGUUGAAGGCCAUGAGACACCCUUAUAUAAUCACAUAUAGAGAAUCAUUUAUGGAGAAAAAAUGUCUAUGUAUAGUAAUGGAUUAUGCUGACGGAGGUGAUUUGUACGGCAAAAUAGCUAAACAAAAAGAGCUGGGAAUACUCUUUUCUGAGGAAUAAAUAUUAGAUUGGUUUGUUUAGAUGGCACUGGCAAUGAAUCACAUACAUGAGAGGAAAAUUUUACAUAGAGAUUUGAAAACUUAAAAUAUAUUCCUCACAAGCAAAAGCGAUGUGAAAAUUGGAGAUUUUGGUAUUGCACGUGUUCUAUAACACACAUAUGAUUGUGCAAAAACUGCAAUAGGAACUCCGUAUUAUUUAAGUCCAGAAAUUUGUUAAGAAAAGCCUUACAAUUAGAAAUCAGAUAUCUGGUCACUAGGGUGCAUCUUGUAUGAAUUAACUACGUUGAAUCACGCAUUCGAUGCAUUGUCAAUGAAAGAAUUGGUAUUAAAAAUCUUAAGAGGAACUUACCCUCCUAUUCCAUCACAAUACUCUUCAGAAUUACAAUCGUUAAUAGCUGAUAUGUUGAUUAAGGAUCCAUCAAAGAGACCUAGUAUAAAGAGAAUUCUAGAGAGGGAUUUCUUAAAAUAGAGAAUAGGAAGUCUGCUCGUUUCCACUUUGAAUCGACAUGAAUUGCAAGAGAUGACUGAGAUUAAACCUACUGAAAAUCUAUUUAUUCAACCUCAAUAGACUGCACAAUAAUUUAUCUUACAGUAAAAAUAGUUUGAAUAGAAUAAGAUAUCUUAAAAUUAAAGUUAAAAUAAUUCACCUAUCACUUCGAGAUAGAUUAUUUAAACUGUUGCCAGCAAGAAACCUUCGCCCAAAAAGGACAAUAGCAAAGUGGAGUUAAAAUAAUUGUUCAAUAGACAAAACUCACCUUUGUAAGCAAUAAAUUAAAAUUAUUCUAUACAAUAAUAACCACUUCAUUCUUAAUAAUAAUAGCAAUAACUAAUUGAUGAAAAAAGUGAUAAACCACAGUCUUUUGCUAGUGUAAUUAGUUCAAAGGAGAAUCAAUAACAUCCAAUUAAAUAUUAAAACUUAGAACUGUUAAACAAGUUUUAUUUAAAGGACAACACGAAUAUAGUUAGACUUUAAAGUAAGAGUCCAAUACUACAGGAACAAAAAAGAAAGGAAUCCAUUGUAAGCUUAGUAAGAGAAGAUGACAGUUUUGAAUAAUAAUAGGGUUAUAAGUUCCUUAUUAAAGACAUGAGGAAAUGUUUGGAUAAAAAAUAAUCAAAGGAGGAAGAAGAGUCCAUCAUUGUUGACAACUUUAAAAUAGUUCCUUAAUUUCUUAACCACCAAAAACAGUUUCAAGUUCCGGGGACUUCUGAAAGAGAUACUAUAGGGUAUAAAAUAGAGGCUCUCAGAUAUUAUUUAGAAUAGUAAAUGGGCUUAGACUCUUUCAUGAGAGCCUAUCAGACUUUAGAGAAUAGUUAGGAGAGCGAACAAUUGAAAUAAGCAAAUUAAUUACUAAAUUAAGAAUAAAGGAAAUACAUACCAUUAAUAAUCUAAUUAAUAGUUUGUGAAGAUUCAUAUUAUUGA